AAGAAGAAGCAUGCGGUGUUCUCGGUCUGCCAAAAGAGCUUUCGCAAAUUUAUUGGCCGCUGUGGCGAUAUUCACUAUUUUCUGCCGUGUUUUCACGGUGACAUCGUGGAAGUGGGAAAGCAACACAGUCAGCAGCAACAGCAGCCAAAGUGGUCUCGUCAAUGGCAACGCGUGGAUGCUGCGUUACACGAUCGACGUGGCACCCGUGGAUAGAUUUGUCUACGCAUCAGAUGUCAACGGCUCUGGUCGUGAGGUCCCGCCAAUUCAUGUUGUGUUCGUGAUUCCGGGCUGCCAUUUACUAGCAGUCAACGUCACCGUGAACCAGCUGGGCAACACCCUAGACACACUGUUGCAGCGCAGCAGCCGAGCGCUUCACGUGGACCUGAUAAUUACCCCGGAUUUGCAUAGCCACGAAGUCAUCAUGUUGCUGGAGUGCCUGAGACCACGUAUGCAGGCUGGAGUCAGCGCUGUGGUAGACCUCUACAACCUGUCAUUAGGGGGUCGUCACCUGAAAUCCCUAAGCGUCCGCAAGGGAAGCCCGCGUCAUCGCACCGGCCACCAUCGAAAGCGUCGCUCCCUCUUGCCGCUGUGCGCCUCUCUACACCGAUUGUUGAAUGUGGAACGCGUGCUUCUCUUGGCGCCACACGUGCAGUUCUACGCCGACGUCUCCCUGCUGUGGGAGCAGUUCGAACUGUUCCAAGCAAGCGCCGUGUUCAGCCUGGCGAGGGAGCAAAGCCCCAGGUACGCUCGUUCUUUGCAGCGUCAAAGGGGCGCUCCUCCAAGGAAGGGCGGUUGCGGGGAUCCCCCGACGGUGGGCGGCAACCCAGGCUUAAACAGCGCCGUCGCUCUGCUGGAUCUGCACGCCAUGCGACGGUCGCCAGAAUACGACCGGUUGUACUCAACCCUCGACGACAUGGCCAAUACAUACGGCUGGUACGGAGGGCCGCUGGCCGACAGCGACUUCUACACCAUGGCCUCGUGUCGGGUACCGGCGCUUCUCCAUCCGCUUCCCUGUGCCUGGAACCGGCAGGUUCCGGUGCGGAACAAGGCGCCAGUGGCUUCGCCAAACGGAGAAGCUCGCUACGGUGGCCUCUACAGUUGGUGUGAAGGGGGCGUGUACGCCUGCUCGGCAAACUGUCCCGAGUAUUAGUCACAGAGCGGUGCCAGUUACGUACACCUCUAAGCCUACUUCUGCAAGAAUGGACGCACCGCAAAUCUUACCAACGUCGGACGCACAGCAUGAUACGGACCAACGUCAAAAACAACAUAACUACCGUGACUGCAAUCAACGCUUGAGGGACAAAAUACUUUGAAAUAAAAAAAUAAUAAUAACGCAGA